AUGUCGUUACUAGGGACUGUGAACCCGCACGCUUCCUCGGCCUAUGCGUCGGAGGAAAGCUAUAUCGCCGCCAUGGAGGCUCGUCGCCAUGACCCCGGAGCCUGCAUGAGUAUGUCCAAUGCCAGUACCAUGAUCCCCGACAACCACGAAAUCCUAGACGAGGAGCACGUCGAAGUAGAGGUGCGCAGCUUAGCGCGCCAACUCACCCGCCAAUCAACACGCCACUCCAUGGCCCUGGAUGUCGCCGAACAAAACACCUUUGAAAGCGUCGACAAGGAUUCAACCCUCGACCCGAACAGCAGCAACUUCAAGGCCAAGCAUUGGAUGAAGAACUUCCUUGCGAUCAACUCCCGCCACGGUGAUAAGGACCUCAAGCGCGAGGCUGGCCUUGCUUUUAGAAACCUCAGCGUGCACGGAUUUGGAAGUCCCACCGAUUACCAGAAGGAUGUCGCAAACUCCGUGUUGCAGGUUGGUGCACUGUUCCGUUCCAUGGCUGGGACUGGAAAGCAGAAGAUUCAGAUUCUCCAGAACUUCGAUGGUCUGGUUAAGAGCGGCGAGAUGCUGGUUGUGCUCGGUCGCCCUGGUUCCGGCUGUUCGACUUUCUUGAAGACCAUUGCCGGAGAGAUGAAUGGUAUCUACAAGGACGAAUUAUCAUACCUCAACUACCAGGGUAUCACUGAUGAGCAGAUGCGCACGCAGUUCCGUGGUGAGGCUAUCUACACCGCGGAGACUGAUGUGCAUUUCCCCCAGCUUUCAGUGGGAGAUACCUUGAAGUUUGCUGCUCUGUCGCGUGCCCCUCGCAACCGGUUGCCAGGUGUCACUCGCGACCAGUAUGCUGAGCACAUGCGCGACGUGGUGAUGGCCAUGUUGGGUCUGGGCCACACUAUCAACACCCAGGUCGGUAACGACUUCAUUCGUGGUGUUUCCGGUGGUGAGCGCAAGCGUGUCAGUAUCGCUGAAGCUACCCUCUGUGGCAGUCCUCUUCAGUGCUGGGAUAACAGCACCCGUGGUCUGGACAGUGCCAACGCCCUGGAAUUCUGUAAGACUCUUAACCUGAUGGCUAAGUAUGCUGGUACCACCUGUGCCGUGGCUAUCUACCAGGCCUCUCAGAGCGCCUACGAUGUUUUCGACAAGGUGACCGUCCUGUAUGAGGGCCGACAGAUCUACUUUGGUCCCACCGACGAGGCCAAGGAGUUCUUCACCGACAUGGGCUUCGAGUGCCCCGAGCGUCAAACCACCGCCGAUUUCCUCACCUCAUUGACCAGUCCUACCGAGCGCAUCGUCAAGGAAGGUUACGAGAAGCGCGUCCCCCGCACCCCUGACGAUUUCGCCCUCGCCUGGAAGAACAGCGAGGCAUACCGAAAGUUGCAAGCGGAUAUCGCCGAGUACGAUGAAAAGUACCCCAAGGGUGGCGAGGCUUUGUCCAAGUUUGUCGAGUCUCGCAAGGCUAUGCAGUCUAAGAACACACGCACCAAGUCCCCCUACACCAUGUCAGUCGUGGAACAGGUUGAUCUCUGCGUGCGUCGCGGUUUCCAGCGUUUGAAGGGCGAUGCCAGUUUAUCCACUUCAGCCCUGAUCGGUAACUUCAUUAUGGCUUUGAUUAUCGGUUCUGUCUUCUACCAACUGCCCGACGACGUGACGAGUUUCUACUCCCGCGGUGCCUUGCUUUUCUUCGCUGUUCUCCUCAACGCCUUCUCCAGUGCCCUGGAGAUUCUCACUCUUUACGCCCAACGCCCUAUCGUCGAAAAGCAAGCCCGCUAUGCUAUGUACCACCCGUUCGCCGAGGCCAUCGCCUCCAUGCUGUGUGAUUUGCCGUACAAGCUCACUAAUGCGGUCACUUUCAAUAUCCCGCUUUACUUUAUGACACGUCUCCGCCAGACUCCUGGGGCUUUCUUCACCUUCCUGCUCUUCUCUGUUGUGACCACCCUGACCAUGUCAAUGGUGUUCCGUACCAUCGCUGCUACCUCGCGUACCUUGUCCCAGGCCCUGGUGCCCGCUGCCAUCCUGAUCCUGGGUCUGGUCAUCUACACUGGUUUCACCAUUCCCACUCGCAACAUGCUUGGCUGGUCCCGCUGGAUGAACUACAUUGACCCGAUUGCGUACGGCUUCGAGUCUCUGAUUGUUAAUGAGUUCCACAACCGCAACUUCCCUUGCCCAGAUGACUAUUUUGUUCCUCCCGCCGUCGGGUCUUAUGCGGAGGCCGGUCCCUACAACAGGAUCUGUUCCCAAAAGGGUGCCAAGGCUGGUCAAGCCUUCAUCAAUGGCGACGACUACUUCACCAGCAGUUUCCAAUACUCUAAUGACCACAAGUGGAGAAACUUGGGUAUUAUGUUCUGCUUCAUGAUCUUCUUUAUGGCCACCUACCUCAUCGGCACCGAGUAUAUCUCCGAGUCCAAGUCCAAGGGUGAAGUCCUGCUGUUCCGCCGUGGUCAAACCCCACGAAAGUCUGCUCCCGCCGAUGGCGAUAUCGAAAUGACUGCUAUGAGCCCUGCCGGCAAGAAGGAUGAUGGCCCUGGUGAACAGUCGGGUGGCAUUCAAAGACAAACUGCUAUCUUCCACUGGCAAGACGUCUGCUACGAUAUUCAGAUCAAGAAGGAGGAACGCCGCAUUCUCGAUCACGUUGAUGGUUGGGUUAAGCCUGGUACUUGCACCGCGCUCAUGGGUGUUUCUGGAGCUGGUAAAACCACUCUUUUGGAUGUCCUUGCCACUCGUGUGACCAUGGGUGUUGUUACCGGUGAAAUGUUGGUUGACGGUCGCCCGCGCGACCAGUCCUUCCAGCGUAAGACUGGUUACGUCCAGCAACAAGACCUUCACCUGCAUACCUCCACUGUCCGCGAAGCUCUUCGCUUCAGUGCUGUCCUCCGUCAACCCGCCCAUGUCUCCCACCAGGAGAAGCUCGACUACGUCGAGGAGUGCAUCAAGCUUCUUGGAAUGGAACACUACGCCGAUGCCGUCGUCGGUGUCCCCGGUGAAGGUCUUAACGUCGAGCAGCGUAAGCGUCUGACUAUUGGUGUCGAACUUGCUGCCAAGCCUCAGCUUCUUCUGUUCCUGGAUGAGCCUACUUCUGGUCUUGACUCUCAAACUUCCUGGUCGAUUCUGGAUCUCAUUGACACCCUCACUGAUCACGGUCAAGCCAUUCUCUGCACCAUUCACCAACCUUCCGCUAUGCUCUUCCAACGUUUCGAUCGCCUGCUCUUCCUCGCCCGUGGUGGUAAGACCGUCUACUUCGGAGACAUUGGUGAAAAGUCCCACACUCUUGCCAGCUACUUCGAACGCAAUGGUGCCCCCACGCUACCCUCCGACGCUAAUCCCGCCGAAUGGAUGUUGGAAGUCAUCGGUGCAGCCCCCGGAUCUCACAGUGAAAUCGAUUGGCCCGCCGUCUGGCGUGACAGCCCUGAACGCCAAGAAGUCCACAACCACCUCGACCACCUGAAGCACACUCUCACUGCGAGACCCGUUGAAACCACAAACAAUGACCCAACUGCCUUCAAUGAAUUCGCUGCGCCAUUCUCUGUUCAAAUCUGGGAGUGUCUUGUUCGCGUAUUCAGUCAAUACUGGCGUACUCCUAUCUACAUCUACUCCAAGGCUGCUCUCUGCUCUCUCACGGCUCUGUACAUCGGUUUCUCCUUCUUUCACGCCCAGAACAGUCAGCAAGGACUCCAGAACCAGAUGUUCAGUAUUUUCAUGUUGAUGACCAUCUUUGGUAACUUGGUGCAACAAAUCAUGCCUCACUUUGUGACUCAACGCUCCCUCUACGAGGUUCGUGAGCGCCCAUCCAAGUCCUACUCCUGGAAGGCUUUCAUGGCAGCCAACAUCAUUGUCGAACUUCCCUGGAACACCCUCAUGGCCGUCCUCAUCUUCGUCUGCUGGUACUACCCUAUUGGUCUGUACCGCAACACAGAGAUGAUGGACAACCUCCAUGAGCGCGGUGCCCUGAUGUUCCUUCUCAUCUGGACUUUCCUCCUGUUCACCUCCACUUUUGCCCACAUGGUGAUUGCCGGAAUUGAGCUCGCCGAAACAGGUGGUAACAUUGCCAACUUGGUCUUCUCCCUCUGUCUCAUCUUCUGUGGUGUCCUCGCUACCCCCGAAAAAAUGCCCCACUUCUGGAUCUUCAUGUACCGCGUCUCACCCUUCACAUACCUUGUUUCCGCAAUGUUGUCCACCGGUACUGCCGGUGCUCGCGUCAUCUGUGAGGAUAUCGAGCUGCUCAAGUUCCAGCCCUUCAACAACCAAACCUGCGGUAAAUACAUGGAGGCUUACAUGUCCAAGGCAGGUGGCUACCUGGUUGAUCCCAAGGCCACCUCCGACUGCCAGUUCUGCAGCAUCGCGGAAACAGACAUGUUCCUCGCAGGUGUCAGCAGUUACUGGAAGGAUGCCUGGCGCAACUUCGGAUUCAUGUGGAUCUACAUCAUCUUCAAUAUCUUCGCUGCUGUGUUCAUCUACUGGCUUGCUCGUGUCCCCAAGUCUCAGAACAAGAAGCAGAAGACUGCUUAA